GGCGCGGCCCGGCGAGCUCCGCGGGCGAGGCGGGCGGCGGGCCGGGGCCGGCGCGCGGCGGCCGCGCUCCAGGCGGGGUCGCUGCUGCCCUGGGCGCUGCCGCCAUGGGCAAGAAGCACAAGAAGCACAAGGCCGAAUGGCGCUCGUCGUACGAGGGCUAUGCAGACAAGCCCUUGGAGAAGCCCCUGAAGCUGGUCCUCAAAGUUGGAGGAAGCGAAGUGACGGAGCUCUCGGGGUCCGGCCACGACUCCAGUUACUAUGAUGACAGGUCAGACCACGAGCGGGAGAGACACAAGGAGAAGAAGAAGAAGAAGAAGAAAAAGUCGGAGAAGGAGAAGCGCCUUGACGGUGAAGAAAGGCGGAAGCGCAAGGAGGAGAAGAAGCGGAAGCGGGAGAGGGAGCACUGCGACACGGAGGGGGAGACCGACGACUUUGACCCCGGGAAGAAGGUGGAGGUGGACCCGCCCCCCGACCGGCCGGUGCGGGCCUGCCGGACGCAGCCAGCUGAAAACGAGACCACGCCGAUUCAGCAGCUGCUGGAGCACUUCCUCCGCCAGCUGCAGAGAAAAGAUCCUCAUGGAUUUUUCGCUUUUCCUGUCACGGAUGCAAUCGCUCCCGGGUACUCGAUGAUAAUAAAGCACCCGAUGGACUUCGGCACCAUGAGAGACAAGAUCGCAGCCAACGGGUACCAGUCAGUCACGGAGUUCAAGGCAGACUUCAAGCUGAUGUGCGACAAUGCGAUGACGUACAACAGGCCGGACACCGUGUACUACAAGCUGGCCAAAAAGAUCCUGCACGCCGGCUUCAAGAUGAUGAGCAAAGAGCGGCUCUUAGCUCUGAAGCGCAGCAUGUCGUUUAUGCAGGACAUGGAUUUCUCUCAGCAGGCGGCUCUUCUGGGCAACGAAGACACGGCUGCCGAGGAGCCUGCCCCCGAGGUCGUGCCCGUGCACAUAGAGACGGCCAAGAAGUCCAAGCGGCCAAGUAGAGAAGUCAUCAGCUGUGUGUUCGAGCCGGAGGGGAAUGCCUGCAGCCUGACGGACAGCACUGCGGAGGAGCACGUGCUGGCGCUGGUGGAGCACGCGGCCGACGAGGCCCGGGACAGGAUAAGCCGGCUGGUGCCCGGCGGCAAGAUGGGCUACUUGAAGAAGAAUGGGGAUGGAAGUCUGCUCUACAGCGUGGUCAACACGGCCGGGCUGGAUGCCGACGAGGAGGAGACCCACCCGGUGGACCUGAGCUCACUGUCCAGCAAGCUGCUGCCUGGCUUCACCACGCUGGGCUUCCGGGAGGAGCGGAGGAGCCGAGUCACCUUCCUCUCCAGCGCCAGCACCGCGCUCUCCACACACAACAACUCCGUGUUUGGCGACUUGAAGGCUGACGAGGUGGAGCUGCUGUACUCGGCCUACGGAGAUGAGACGGGCGUGCAGUGUGCGCUGAGCUUGCAGGAGUUCGUGAAGGAUGCCGGGAGCUACAGCAAGAAGCUGGUGGACGACCUGCUGGACCAGAUCACGGGUGGGGACCACUCACGGAUGCUCUUCCGGCUGAGGCAGAGGAGAAGCGUUCCGAUGAAGCCUCCGGAUGAAGUGAAGGCUGGGGACCCUCUCGGGGAUGGCAGCUCCACGCUGGACUUCAUGGCCAUGAAGCCCUACUCGGAUGUCUCACUGGACAUCUCUGUGCUCGGCUGUCUAGGGAAGGUAAAGAAGGAGCUGGACCCCGAGGAUGGGCACCUGAGCCUGGACGAGACGACGAAGCUCCUUCAGGACCUGCAGGAGGCGCAGGCGGAGCGCGGAGGCUCGCGGCCCUCGUCCAACCUCAGCUCGCUGUCCAACACCUCUGACCGGGACCAGCACCACCUGGGUAAGGCCCGCCGCGCGGCUGCGUGGGUGCCUCAGGGGGGUUGGGGGGCCGGGGGCCAGCAGGCUGGGCCAGGCCCAGGGGUGCUGCAGGCCCCUACAGGGACUCUGGUCAGGCAGCUGCACUGGGGAGGGGUUUGGCGUGGAAGUCAGUCUUGUGAACCCGGGGGCUUGGCCUGA